AAAGUCUCUUCAAUCCAAAUCCCCAUUAAUUAUUCAAUUUAGCUCCUUCUCCUCCAACCGUCUCUCGGCUACCUCGCCACCACCUCCGCCUUAGUUUCAACCGGAGUUGCUACUCUUCGCGCUAGCUUUGUACAAUGGAAUCAAUCAACAUGGAGAUAGGCACAGCACGGUGUUGCCUUGACAACCAAGUACUGUGGAUGUCAAGAAAAGAUUCAAGAAAGUUGGAAUGGAGAAAUAUCCGUCCACUUCCACACAUUGUAACUACUGGGAAAUUAAAGUUGAGCUAUCAGAGGUUGAUCUUGACGGGUUCUGAAGUUUCUACUGGGAAGCAUCCCCUGAACCAUUUCUUCUGGAGAAUACAUUCAAUUCCCACUAGUUUGGAUGAAUCAUCAUCAGCACAUGCAGAAACCUUUAGCGAAAAUGAUGAAUGUGCGAAUAAAGAUUUGCAGGAGGAACUUCCUUCUCAGCUUUUAAGAAGUAAUGAGUUGCAGUCACUGCUAGCUGAUUCUGAAAGAACAAAGCUCGUCAAAAAACUAAGUGAAGCCAAUCAACAAAAUCGGUUUCUCAAACGACAGUUGCAUAUAAAGGAGGAUGCGUUGGUUAACUUCAAAAGUGAACUUGCUGUCUUGGAACUUGAAAUUCAGGCUUUGGUGAAAUUGGCAGAAGAAAACACCAAAUCUGUCAUUCCUGAAGGUUCAAGAAAGAUUAAUGGGAAAUACAUUCAAUCCCACCUUCUUUCCCGUUUAGAAGCUAUACAUGAAAAGUUGAAGGAACAGAUAAAGGGUGUUGGUGCGGCACAAUCCAAGGAGGCCCUAUUCUGGUGCGGCAUGGCUGAGAGUGUGCAAGUUAUGGGCACUUUUGAUGGAUGGAGUCAAGGAGAGGAUUUAUCUCCAGAGUACACUGGUUCUUUCACUGCAUUCUCGACAACAUUAAUGCUGAGACCGGGAAGGUACGAAAUCAAGUUCUUGGUUGAUGGAGAAUGGAAGCUAUCACCAGAAUUUCCUACAGUUGGUGAGGGAUUAACAGAAAAUAACUUGUUAAUCGUGGAAUAGGUCGAGGUCUACAGAUAAAAGGAUGUUGGUCCUUAUUUCUGCUUCUGGUGUACGGAAAAACCUAACAUUUUAACUACAGAUAAAGGAUGUUGGUCCUUAAUUCUGCUUCUAACGUACGGAAAAACCUAGCAUUUUAACUACUAGAGCAGAAAGGGAAAAAGAAACGAGCAUCUUAUCUAAAACCUCCGCGAAACUGUUUGCUUUGUAUCGUUAUAAAUAAUCAGAUGCGGUGGAUUGUGCUUGAUACUGUUGA